GAGUGCUCAUUUUGCGAUUCAGUAUAUGAAGUUGAAAUCAAUCUCAAAUGGCAGUGGUAAGCGGAAGAAUUUGGAGAAAGUGGGGAUUGAUUUGCUGGCCACAGUGAGCGAGUGAUUAAGAAAAGAAGAGUAUGAGAGUGAGGUUAAUAAUUUAGACGAUGAUUCUCAAUAUUUUGAGUUACAAGGAAAUAGUUGGCGUGAUGUAUCGAAUUGGCGUGGCCUGAUGCAUCCCUCGUUUGAUAUUGUUGGCUGAUAAAGAUUUGGGGCGUUCAUCUAUGAAUGCAGUAAGAACUUGAGUUUAAAAUUAUAGCAAUUGCUUGGAUUUCUGGCUGGCAAAACAGACGAUGAAUUGGACAAGAAAGCAACUCCUUGUGUUGUUCUUAGACCAUCUAAUUGUUUUCUGCCUUGUCUUGUCUUGAGGCUCUCUCAAUGACAAUGAUUCAACCCUCGCAGUUUCCGGUAGCUGGAACGAUUCUCCUGAAGGUGUUGACCAUGGCAACUGUUUUAAGUAACUGCCUUGUAUUUUCUACCAAUGUUCCAUAGAGACAUAAAGAGGGAGGCUUGUUGUAAUGCGUAUAAAUUGACUGUUGCUUCCCUUCAGCUUCCUUGUACACUUGUUCUGUUCUCUCAUUAAAGGAGAAAAGCUUCUUCUGGACCCUCUUCAAUUGCUAUACAGACAUGACUGGACCCAUAUAUCAAUGACUUUUCAAACACAUCUUGAUUCUUACAAAAUGAUGAACCGGCAAACGUGAAGGGCAUUGAAAAUGAAACUUUUUAUUUUUAUUUUUAUUUAAUUAGUGUUCUUUCCCCCCUCUUUUUACUUUAUAUAAACUAUAUGAAUGACAUGUUUGGAUUUUUGUUCUUUCAAUUUAUACCAGGUAACAGAGAUGAGAGUUCACAUGGACUGUACGGGAUGUGAAAAACAAGUAAGAAAAGCUCUGGAAAGUCUACCAGGUGUGGAUGAUGUGAUAAUAGAUUUAAGCCUACAGAAGGUGACUGUGAUGGGGUGGGCAAAGCAAAAGAAGAUUCUGAAAGCAGCGCGGCGGAAUGGGCGGACGGCAGAGCUGUGGCCAUACCCUUACAACCCGCAGUACCAUGGUUUCAUCCACCACUACCAGCAUUACCUCAACUCUCCUCAGCAUCACCACCAGCCUCAGCCUCAGCCUCAGCCUCAAACUAAGCCAAUCAUCACCUACAAUUCACUGUCUUCUUCCUUUCACAAGCACAAUAUGAGUCCCAUCCAUGAGUAUAAUAGCUACAACUACAGCGGCAGCGAUGCUGACGACUACGGCUAUCAUCAAGAGCCACCCUUUUCAACGAUUGAUGAAGAAGCUGGUGCCAUGUUCAGUGAUGAGAAUCCGCAUUCUUGUGCUAUUAUGUAAUGCAAGUUUAUGUAUAUUUUGAAUAAGGUACUUAAUUUUUUUUUAAUUAAGUACUUUGAAGGUUAUGUUAUUUAUAAUUUAGCUUUUUUUUUUUUUUUUUUUACUUGAA